GCUGGUAUUUCCUUGCCAAGUCCAUUUAGUAUAAAAGGCCUGGUAAGUUUCAGUGUUACAGUGUGUGGUGAGAAGACACGGUGAUUCAGAUUUCAACGUACAGCCUAUCCUAGAGACACAGGCCUUUGCAGUUCUCAACAUGAAGACUUUUGUGGUCCUGGCUCUCCUACUGGCGGCUCUCUUCGCUCCAAGCGAACAACUGAAUAUCGUGACCUGUGAGCAUCAGACCGCGGUCCUGUCCUGCGGCUCCGGGCAGGAGAUGGUGGUGGUCUCCGCUAACUACGGCCGGACCUCGUCCUGCCCCUGCGGAGGAGGACCCGUCCGGACACAACGCUGCUACGCCCAGUCCAGUCUCCGGAUUGUCCGCAGCGCCUGUAACGGUCAGCGCGCCUGCACCAUUCGGGCCAGCAACAGUGUCUUCGGAGACCCUUGUGUGGGCACCUUCAAGUACCUGGAUGUCAGCUACUACUGCAGACGUCCACUUUAAGGUUACCGUCGAAUGAUCCAGAUGGAAGCCAUAGUCAGUCACCGCCUCUACUUCUUGCUGAUGCACCAGUGUCAUAGAUGUCAAGGAGGGUUAUAGAAAAGACCAAGUAGCAUAGCAUAAAAGAACGUUUGCCAAUGGCAAAGUAGACAGCUCGUCUCAUCUUAACGAAAUUCCGUACGUUUUCUGCUUAAUGUUUAAUGAUGAUAAUGAUGAGGUGUCAACACACCUGAAGACUAUCAGUAUAAUGAAGAAACAACAUACUGUGUUAAUGAACCAUUCAAGUACCAAUCUAUGUCGUAAAGUGGUGUGGCAUUUCUAAAGUCUUAUUUGCACUUCAAAAGUGCUGCUGUGAAGAAGAUCAUUUUCUAAUAUGCUAUGAUACUUUUAUGCAAUAAAGGGUGGUGACAUUAA